GUGUGGAAGUCACAGCUCCUCACAGUCAUGCGGGGUCACCCUGAUGGGCGGGACCCGAAUCAGGAGCCAGACGGGGAACUGGACGAGGAGCGGAACAGAGGUGGUAAAGGCAGCAGCCCAGCCGAGGUACAGCUCCAGGGGCCCCAGCCCCAGGGGACCCCGUGGAAAGGCCGACCCUGCAGCACCUCUUCAAUGCAGAGUGCGUGAAGCCGUUCCAGCCUGGCUUUUAGGGACACCCCAGCUCUCCCUGCCUCAAGGCUUCCAGGGCCCCCAGCCUGCCCCUGGGGGAGAUGGGGGUGGGGAGUGCCUGGUAAAUUGAGGCCAAAGUCACUCUUCACCUACAUGGCCCUUCAUUUCUUCCCUGUGAGGAAGUAGCCCUCUGCUUUGUAAGCUGAUAGUGUGUCACCUGCUUAUUGUGUUAGAAAACUUUUACAUGGAUGAAUCCUGGCUACAACCCCGGGACGCAGGUAUGGUCAUCAGUCCCAGACUGCCCUUAAUCCAGGUAAGGAAACUGAGGCAGAGAGGUUACAAAUCAUGUCCAUGGUAACACGGCAGAGCCCUGGCUGCGGCGGUCUGGCUCUAUCAUGCACUUAACCAUUGUGCCACACUGCCCUGAGAUGAAGAGGGGGUGUCGUCUCGUUCCACCGAGGUACCCCAGGACUCUGCUCAAUCCCUGCGGUCGACAUCCCCUCACACCCCCUGCCUCAGUGGUUCCCAAACCCUGACAGCCUCCCUCUCCGGCCCCAUAGCGAUGUGCAUGUCUUCACCUCCCACCGGGUCCCCUUUCACUCUUUCUUCUGGAAGCCUCAAACAAGAGACAGCUGGGACUCAGUGAGCCCCACAGACUGCUUGGGACAGCCACACCGUGGCCACCCACGCCUCCAGCCGCCCCGGCUGCUGGAAGGCUCCCAUUUGGAGUUUCUCAGCUGACUCCAGCAGAGAAGUGCCCGUGUCAUCGCCCACUGCCACCAUGCUGUGAUUAGUUAGUCACUGAGUGCCCGUAGCUUUUAAUUAACUGUUAGCCCUGCACGGGCAGCUGUUCCACGAACCACAUCUGAUUGUGGCUCCCCCAGUCCGGGCUGAUGGCACACUUCAGUCACGCAAAUGAUGCUGCAUAUUUUGAUGCUGCAGGAGUGGCAGCUGCAGCAACUGAUGGAAGCCACCAGCCCCAGGAGGGAGAAAAGAAGGCCGCUGUCAGCCGGGGAGCCAUCAAGUGUGCAGGGCUGAGAGGAGAAGGCCACACAAGCUCUGUGAGUGGGCUGAUGUGCUGUGAUGCUAUCGCUAUAUUAGAAGUAACUCAAACAAGCAUUAAGUAUAAAGACACCCACAGGUGACACGUAACCAGAGAUGAGACUUCAGGCAUAGCUGGAUCCAGGCGUCCAAGUGGAACUACCAGAACAGGUGGGGCCUGAAAUCGGAAGAGCACCUGCAUGCUGGACGAGCCAUUUGAAUACAGGAGCUUCCUUACAUGAGGCAGAGACACACAGGUGACGGCCAAGAAUCUGCGGCGAGAUUUGUUCCGGGAGGGAUUUGUGAAGGAUUUGUUAAGGGAGUUACUGUUCCCGGCAACACGAUUCUCAGCUGAUCUGCCACAUAAAGCAACGGAGGGCAGAGGCAGUGACAGGACAUGUUCAAAGUGCUGGAAAAAGUGUUAACCAAGAAUCUAUUACCCAGCUCAUCUUCCUUUACAAUUAAGGGCGCCACCCCCCCCACCCCCGGCCACGAUGUCAGACAACUCAGAGGACCCAAAGCAUGUAAUGCCCACAGAGAGGAAGUCCAUGUGGAGGACGGCUGACGAGAGGCGGAUGUCCGACCUCACACGCGUGCUGGAAUGGAUAGAGCGGAGGCAGAGGAAGCAGAAGGAAGCUGUCCAGAAACAUAAAGCCAAGGUGGCAGUACCCCCUAAAGCAACUGGGAAGGAAGAAAAGAAAGCCCGAAACAUCCAGAAACAGCAGAGUGGGAAACGCCGUGUUAUGUUCUCUGAGCAGGUCUCAGUGCCAAAAACCAGGAGGGAUGAGGACGCUGUCCAUUACCGGAGGCUCUAUGGAGUGGAGCCAAGGGGAAGACGCCUGAGCAUGGUCCCCGGCAACUACCUCAAGCAUGGCCCUGAGAAAUCUGACUUGGAGAUCAAGGAUGGCACCGGUGCAGACUCCAUUCGACGGUCAGUGUCAUUCCGUCGACAGAGCAUCAUAGAUCCCAUGUUACAGGACACUCUCUUUGCCGGACGGAGGUCGACCCUCCUCAAAGACUGGGUCGGCAAGACACCCGACUCUUACGAGCGCAAGAUGAAGAGCCUCAUGGAAAAGGGCACCGAGCCCAAGAUAGAAAUCGUGAAAAUGCUGAAGCCGGAGGAGGUGCUCAGCUGCCGAUACCUGAGGCUGUCCCACAACAAUAUCCGGACCUUGCUCAAGCUCUGCAGAGAUGCGGGACUAGAUGUGGACAUCCACCCCCACAUGAUCGAAGGGGAGAUAGACGCCAAAAAGGUGUUUGCCCGAGACCCCACCGUAGCCCUCUAAGUCGCCCUGCCCCGGCCACCUCAGGGUGGGGGUCACACCCUCGGCCGCCAGAGGCCGGCCUCUGGCACACCACCUGGCCUUCAGGUGCAGCCCCUUUAGACAGCAGUGAUUAGAAAACAAGGCCAAACCGCAUGGCUCGUGGUGCUGAUGUAGCCUUUGUCCCCAUCGAGUCACAACCAUCUCAGGACCAACUGGGCUGUCUCCCCACCAAAGGAACACCCCUUGGGAGGGCCUUUUUGGGAGGGAAGUCAUAGCAGCAGUGAGAAAGGGCGGCCCAGAGUCCCAAGACGGACUUCAGGAGGAAGGGGGCUGGCUGAGAACACACACAUGACAUGGCUCUGUGGGGAGCUGGCCCUCGUGUGUUGGGUGGGGAGCCGAUCGGGGGACUAAGAGAGGGGGAACCUCUGUCAAUACAUGGAAAUGAGGAUUACUCAUUUGAAAAGAAGGCACAGAGGGCAAGGGACGUGCUCAGAGUCAGACAGGAAGCGGCAGGACUGGGAUGCCAGCUGUAUCCUCAAGUUAGUCCCCAGCCUGCCUCCUCACUUGCUGGAAACUCUGGUACAUCUGUAGGACUGUUCAGAGACGGUCCCUUCCUGGGGCAACUGCCAACUGAGGUCACAAGCCCAGGCCCUUGUAGUCCCUACAAGCAUUUCAAGUAAGCUCGAAUCCCAACUGUCCCACUUGCUAGCUGUGUGACUUAACGCGUUACUUUCCCUCUCUGUGCCUUUGUGUUCUCAUCUGUGAAAUGGGGCUAAUAAUAGUACCUGUCGAGCAGGGAUGCUGUGAAGAUGACAUGAGAGCUUGCCCGUGAAGCAUGAAGCACAGACGUGGACGCAUAGAAGCUCAGUAACAAUGCGAGCUGCUCCCAUAGUCCUCCGGGGUGGACGGGGCGCAGCCUUCCCAGCCCCGCUUUCCAGAAAGGUCCUCAGAGCUGGGCAUGUUGAUGUUGAGUCAAACUGAGGAGCAGCUGCUGCUGACAAACCCUGUGUCUCCAUGGUGGACCCCAGAAGCAAGUGGUCCCUGUGGCCCCCGGAGCGAGUGCAGCCCCCAGGGGCCAGAACGAUGGCCGUGCAGCUACAGGCUCACUGGCCAGGUGUUACUUUCUGCCUCCAUAAACUAAAAGGGUUUCCCCACCAGCUUUUUACAUUUCCACACCCCACCUCCAGGCUCCAAAGUGACCCUCAGAGGUGAAUGGCUCUGUCCACUGAGUCACUGCCUUGGGAGGCAGAGUAAAAUUGUGGAGGCUCCCACAGCCCCCUGCCACCCACUCUCAGCCCACAUUAUUCACCAAUAAGGGAAGGCAGGGCCCUUGAGGGGCGGGCAGGUCCGACCCUGGAGCCCUCCGAUGCUUAGACAGACGGCCAGAGCCUCAAGGAAGCAGCUACAAGGGACUACGUGAUACUCCCUCUCUCCAGUAAAUACCUGCUCCUUCCGGAGAGCGAGCUCUUCCAAAAGGGGAAGCAUCACCCAGUGUCAGGCAGUUUGUCGGGAUUAUCUCACGCAAACUCAAAACCGAAAACCACUGGAAAGGCAUUCAAUGUGUGCUGCCGACUCAGUGGUCAGGACGAAGCCCUGCCACCCCCCAUCCUGCACUGAGUGUCCUCGCCCUCAGGAAGUCCUGCUGCCGGUCUAACCUGCCUCUCUCUCACUGCAAUUUGAGCCCAUUUUCUCUCAUUCGAGCCACUGUGGAAGGGGAGAAGUCAGUCUUUGUCUGAUAUUCCUAUUCAAGGAGGAUGAGGAAUGAGGAACAAAUGAACAGAUACAAUGCAGCCUUUCCAUUUUUUUCUGAGUUUUCUAUCAUAAAAUUCAGUUUCAUUAUGUCUCUGGUAUAUCGACCACAUCCCUCUUUAAAAUGUAAUGACAAAGAAUGGAUCCAGCCCAGCUUUCUAGUGAGGGACCGAAGACCGAAUUUCUUUCUGGUUGUGAGGACUGACUCCAAGGUGACAUAUGGAUUUCAUUCGCUCGUUCGUUUCCUUUCCCCACACCAAUGGUAUUAUACGGCAGACUUGCUGUAUUCCCCUUGUGGUCCACCAAGACCCCCGGCUCCUUUCCUGCAGGGCAGGAAGUGUAUAUCAGCUUUUCCUGAGACUCACUAGGAGGCCAGAUGCAAAGAGGUGUUCAGGGAGAGGGAAGCCCGGCCCUUCUGCUGUCACAGAGGAGCAAGGAGAGGGGCCAGUGUUCCCUCCUCUAAUCUGGACCUCUCUUCACGUGGUGGAGUGUUCAGGCUGGUGGGCAGCACAAUACUUGUGCUUCCAACACUCCAGUAAUUACGUUCAUGCUCCCCAACCCAGCUCCUGCUAUUCUGCCCGGGGCACACCUCCCCGACCUUUCACAGGUUUGGAUCCACAACAGACCGGGAGAGAGCAGAUCUUCAGACGCCCAGUCCAUCUGCGUCUGAUCAUAGCCAUUUCCUCAUCCAUCACGUAUUUAUUGAGCCCCACCAGGUCCUGUGGCGGUGCCAGAGACGCAGUAGUUGAGGAGACCUAGUCAAACCAUCCUGAAGACAGGCAUGACAGUGAGCAGUGAUGCGUGUUGGGAAGUGUCUAGGGAGAGCUGGGGGAGGAGAACCCCACCAUUGGCGGGGAGUCAGGGAGAUAGAAAAGCUUGGGGGUCAAGACUUGUAAUGUAAAACAUGUAAGAAUAAAUAGUCGGUAUUUUUGUGUGGGACAGGAGGGCAGGCUGAGGGACCAUAUGUGCAAAAACUCAGAGGGCAGGGACAAGGCGUGAUGCUGAGUAGCCCACAGGUCGUGCUGUCAGCCUGGAGUGCACACGUGACCCUGGACAGUGCAGGAGAUGAUGUGCUUACAGAGGGCGUGUCAACUGUGCCGCAGUGGGGUUUUCUCCCCCUGUGGUGAUUAUUCAUUCCCUUAGCAAGUAUUUAUUGAGCACUUAGGUACAGGAACUGUCAUAACUACUGCAGAUACAGCUGGGAACAAAACAGACAUUAUUCUUGCGUUCAUGGAGCUUACGUUGGGGACACAAAUAAUAUGCCCCUCAACAAAAACAAUUUCAGCAUCGAGGAAAAGGACGGUGCAGAGUGUCGGGGAGAGUGACUUCAGCGGGGGUGUCAGUGAAGGCCUACCACGUGGGGUGAGGGGGAAGAAGUGAAUGUGCCGAUUCUGGGGGACAGCGCCAGCAUGUUCAUGGGACAGAGGACAGUCACUGUGGCUGAAGCCAAGUGAGGAAGGAGAGUCAGGAAUCAGGCUUGAUAGAUUGUGCUCUGGAAUUCAUUCAAAUUGCAACAGGAAACCACUGGAGGGUAGCAAGUAGGGGAGAGACCACUCUGGAGGAAAUACUGUCAGGCGGAAGGGACAGCCUCGCAACUAGUCAGGGAGGUGUAUCGGUUAGCUACGGCUGUGUAACAAAUUAUCCCCAAACAUAGUUUAAACUGAAUUUCUCAUAGGUCACAGGUCAAUUAAACAGUUCUUCUGACCUGGGCCAGGCUCAGCUGGGUUCAUGUGUUAGCAGGUUAGCUAGUCAGCGAGCUGAGGGUUGGCUAGUCCAGGACGGCCUUGGCUGAGAUGGCUGGUCUCUGCUCCCUGUAUCUCAUCCUCUAACAGGCUGGCUUGGGCUGUGCUCAUGGUGGUGGCAGGGUUCCAAGGAGUGUGCAAAGCCUACGCUCAGGGGUGGCACACUAUCACCUCAUUGUAGUCCCUAGUGGCCAAAGCAAGUCCCAAGGUCAGCUCAGAUUCAAGAGUGGAAUAGACCCACCUGUAGAAGGAAGGAGCUGCAAAGUCACGUGACAAAGGGCCUGGAUGCACGGGCAGUAGAGGAUUGGGGCCAUUUUCACUCAACCUACCACAGGAGGCUAUCAUGCAAGAAAGAAGUUAGAGGCUUAAAAUUUUGGGGGUGGUGGGAGCAAACUGAGAACACAUUUUGGAGGUAGAACUGAUAGAAUCUGUCACUGGAUUGGAAACAGGCAUGAGAAAGAGGACGUCCUUUGGCCAGAAUGACUGCUGGGUGCCUAAAAUGAGAUGGGGAGCAGUGAGAGAGAGAGAGAAAGGCAGGAGCCGAGAUUCCACUGGGGCUGGUUGAAUGGGAGAUGCCAUCAGCACCCAUGGUGCUGUGCCAGCCGUCUGCAGGAGCCACUGACACGUGUCAAGCAGGAAAGUGACAUGGUGAAGGACAGGUUGGAGGGGCAAGCCCAGAGAUGGGCUGUGCGAGUUGCCCAGGGUUGCUGUAAGAAGGACCACAGACUGGGUGGCUGGAAAGAACAGCCAUUGAUUCCACAGGUGUGGAGGCCACAAGUCCAGCAGGGCCACUGAAGGCCCUCUGAAACCUCGAGAGUGGAUCCUUCCUCACCUGUUCCAGCUUCUGGUGGCUCCAGUGUCCUCGGCAGGUGGCAGCACCGCUCC